UUUCAUAUUGUAACGCGUCUCCUUUCUCUGCAGGUGCUGAGGUCAGAAGGCAGACUGUGAGGAAACGAUCAGGGGAGGAUCUGAGCUCUGCAGCUGCAGCCGGUGAUUACAGCCCUGAGAGGAAGCGCGAGAGGAGCUUGAAUGCAGAGCCUGUGUCUGAGACCCAGCAGGGAGGGGCACAGUCCAUGACUGAUGCUUCAGCCCUGACCUCCAAUCACCAGGACACAAAAAAAAGAGUUCAGGAGAAACUGAAGUCUCGUCUGAAGAAGAAGUUUGAGUGCAUGUAUGAAGGGGUUGCCAAGCCAGGAAAACGCACCCUUAAGAGUAUUUACACAGAGCUCUACAUCACAGAGGGGGACUGUGAACGGGUCAAUAAUGAACAUGAGGUGUGGCAGAUUGAAACCGCAACCAGGACACAGCCUACACAAGACACUGCAAUUAACUGCAACAACAUCUUUAGACCCUUAGCUGGACAAGACAUACCCAUCAGAACUGUGGUGACCAAGGGCAUCGCUGGUAUUGGAAAAACGGUCUCUGUGCAGAAGUUCAUUAUUGACUGGGCAGAAGGAAAAGCUAAUGAGGAUAUUGAGUUCAUGUUUGUCCUUCCUUUUCGGGAGCUGAACUUACUUAAUGAUGAGCAGCACAGUCUCCUUGAGCUUCUGCAGGAGUUUCACCCUGAAAUGAAAGGGUUUGAAAACAUUGAGUCUGAAGAUUACAAGGUUUUGUUCAUUUUUGAUGGUCUGGAUGAAAGUUGUCAAGUCAAUACCUGGAGCCGGAAGAGAUUGUCUGAUGUAAGAAAAAAAUCCUCAGUGGAUGUGCUACUGACCAACCUCAUUAAGGGGAAUCUACUUCCCUCUGCUCUCCUCUGGAUCACCUCCCGACCAGCAGCAGCCAAUCAGAUCCCUCCAGAAUUCAUUGACAGGGUGACAGAGGUCAGAGGGUUCAAUGAUGAACAGAAAGAAGAGUAUUUCAGGAAAAGAUUCACAGAUCAGAAUCAGGCUGGCAGAAUUAUCUCUCACAUAAAGACAUCCAGGAGUCUACACAUCAUGUGCCAUAUACCAGCCUUCUGCUGGAUGUCUGCCUCUGUUCUGGAGCGACUUUUGGAUGGAACGGGCAGGAGUAGAAUCCCCAAAACUCUGACUGGAAUGUACACACACUUCCUGCUCAUUCAGGCCAAAAUCAAGCAUCACAAAUAUCAGGAGAGCCAUGAGACAGACCCACAGAAACUUCUGGAGUCAGUUAAAGAAAUCUUUCUCAAACUGGGGCAGCUGGCUUUUCAAUGCAUGGAAAAGUCCAAUCCAAUAUUUUAUGAAGAGGACCUGAGAGGAUGUGGCAUUGAUGUCAAAGAAGCUUCGGUCUACUCUGGGGUGUGCACAGAGAUCUUGAAAGAGGAGUCAGUGCUGCAUCAGAAGAAAGUCUACUGCUUUGUGCAUCUGAGCCUCCAGGAGUACAUGGCUGCUUUGUAUGUGAUUCAUUCCUUCAUCAGCAAGAACUUCACGGCAUUGAAGCCUUUUUUUGGUCAAAAGACUUUCACCACUCUCAAUGAUUUGCACAAGAAAGCUAUUAAGAAGGCUUUGGAGAGUAAGAAUGGACACCUGGACCUCUUCCUCCGAUUCCUUCUGGGCCUCUCACUGGACUCCAAUCAGCGCCUUCUCCCAGGUCUACUGCCACAGACUGGAAGCAACUCCGAGAGCAUCCAGAAAACAGUUCAGCACAUCAAGGUCUUUAAAGAGAAAGAUCCCUCUCCAGAAAGAUGCAUCAAUCUGUUUCAUUGUUUGUCUGAACUCAAUGAUUAUUCAAUUAUGAAGGAAACCAAAGCGUUCUUCCUUUCCGGUCAAAAGUUCUUACCUGCGCACUGCUCCAUCCUGGCCUAUAUACUCCUCAGAUCAGAAAAGGCGUGGGAUACAUUUAACCUGAAACAAUACAACACCUCAGAGGAGGGGCGAAGGCGACUGGUCCCAGCUGUGAAGUGCUGCAAGAAGGCUGUACUCAGUGGCUGUAAUCUCACAGAGAAAUCUCUUCAGCUCGUGAACUCCGCCCUGCAGUCAGUCUCCUCCCCCCUCAGAGAGCUGGACCUCAGCAACAACAACCUGCGAGAUUCAGGAGUGGAGCUGCUCUGUGCUGGACUGAAGAGCACAAACUGUAAACUACAGACUUUGAGGCUCAGGGAGUGUAACCUCACAGAGGGCUGCUGUGAUGUUCUGGCCUCAGUCCUGCGUUCUCCUCACUCAGAGCUGAGUGAUCUGGAGCUCAGAGACAACGAGCUGCAGGACUCAGGAGUGAGAGCGCUCUCUGCUGGACUGGAGGACCCACACUGUAAACUGCAGAGACUGGGGCUGUCAGGCUGUGGAGUCACAGAGAGAGGCUGUGAUUCUCUGGCUUCAGCUCUGCGUUCAAACGCCUCACACCUGAGAGAGCUGGACCUGAGCUACAAUCACCCUGGAGACUCAGGAGUGAAAGUGCUGUCUGCUGCACAACUGGAGGACUCCAGGUGUCGACUGAAGAUACUUGUAGACCAUGGAGGAGAGAUCAGGCUGAAACCAGGACUGAGGAAAUAUGCUGUUGCACUCACACUGGACCCCAGCUCUGUACACAGAAAGCUGUCUCUGUCUGAGGGGAACAGGAGGGUGAAAUGGGGGAAUGAGCAGCCAUAUCCCGAUCAUCCAAAGCGAUUUAGCAUCUAUCACCAGGUGCUGUGCCAGGAGGGGCUGUCUGAGCGCUGCUACUGGGAGGCAGAGUGGAGGGUGGAGAAGGGUGGGAGAUGGCCCUGUCUCGCAGUGGCCUAUGAAACGCUUGGCAGGAAAGGACGGGGUGCUGAAAUGCAGUUUGGACACAAUGACAAGUCCUGGAGUCUGUGCUGUUCUAAACAGAAGUACUCUGCCGCUCACAGAAAUAUCUCCACUGACAUACCUACUGCCCCCCCUUCCUGCAGAGUAGGGGUGUACCUGGACUAUCCGGCCGGCACUCUGUCCUUCUACAGCGUCUCCUCUGACACACGUACCCUCCUGCACACUUUCCACAGCACCUUCACCCAGCCCCUCUACCCUGGGUUUAAACUGAAUAAGGGCAACUCGCUGUCCCUGUGCAUGCUGGGAUAGGUUCCUGGGUGUGUGGCUCUCGGUGUAAAAGAAAAUCUUAAUGUGCAAGAAAUUCCAGAAGUCGACCAGCUCAUGCCUGGGCACAGUGAGUGAGUCUGUCUGCAAGAGGGGAGUCAGUUUUAGAUCUGCUGUUAUGUACUGAUCCUGACAGAAUUUGCAGUAUAGAGGUAAUGGAGCCAGUUUGGAUUAGUGAUCAUUCCAAAAUAAGCAUUUGGCAAAUUCAUAGGGCCUCCUCUAAGUCCAGGAUUUUUAGGUGUGAACUUGAGAAAGACGUGAUCAAAUUUUAAAAAUGUAGACUGGGCGCAACAUCUGGAUUGCAGGACUGUGAAUUAAAAGUGGAGCAGGUUCAAAAGGGUUCUGCAGUGGCAGGUUUUUGCAAGGGUAGAUCAUGCCUUGACAAACCUGAGGAUGUCAUACUCGCCUUAUACAAUAAAUUACAUUACACUACAUUACAUUACACUACACUACACUACACUACAGACAGCAUUAUACAGUACCCUUGUCGGCCCACGCUUAUGGUGUGCAGUUCUGGGGACCGCAUUACAAGAAAGAUGGAGGCGUGGGUUCAAAGAAGGGCAACCCGAUUGAUUCCAUAUCUAGAAGAUUAAAUGUUAUGGGUCAAGACUCUAGAAAGUCCAAUCCGUUUAAUGUUUGUUCUCGGAGAUGGAGACUCCCAAACAGGGUGGCCUGUAGUGUAGUGGUGAAGGUAAAUGACUGGGACAGGCAAGGUUGGUGGUUCAAAUCCCCUGCUCAGUCUAAUCAACUCUGGAUACGUCGCUCUCACAUCAAAUUUAAAACUUUGGUGCUCGCAUACCAGGCAGUUAAGGGAUCAGCCCCUGUAUAUAUUCAAUCCCUUAUCAAGACCUAUACACCAGCAAGACCCCUCCCUCCUGCCACAUUGUGCCGUCUGGCGCCUCCCCCUCGCCACACCUGCACUUCACGCUCACGACUACUGUCUGUCCUGGACCCACGGUGGUGGAAUGACCUCCCGGUGACUGUCAGAACGGCAGAGUCUCUGACCUCCUUCAAGCGCAGACUGAAGACUCAUCUCUUCAGGCUACACCUUUCCCUCCCUAACUCACCACCAUGAUUAGCCUUAGACUGCACUUAUGUAUAGAUUGUAAAGAUAUUGUUGUUUCUUAUUGGCUGUUACAUUGUUGUAUUCAAGGUAUUCUAGCUGCCAACUGUGGUAUGCUAGUUUGAAAGUUGAUUGUACUCUUCAAGGGUUCUGAUUAUCUGUAUGUUUACACUAGGACUCGGAACUGUACUGUCCUCUCAGGUCCUCUUUGCACUUAUACUUGUGUUUGAUUUGCACUUCAUUGUACGUCACUCUGGAUAAGAGCGUCUGCUAAAUGCCAUGUAAUGUAAUGUAAAAAAGAGUGUCCGCUAGAUGCAAGUAAUGUCAUUCAAUGUAAAAAUAUUUAUUGAGCAGGAGCAGGUGCACAUCCUUGGCAAAAGUAUAUCGGAGAGUGAGACAUAAAGGAUCAACCUCUCCCCACCUGCCACGUCUGUAACUGACCUGUGGAUCCACCUAUCCCCAUCUGCCACGUCUGUAACUGACCUGUGGAUCCACCUCUCCCAGUCUGCCACAUCUGUAACUGACCUGUGGAUCCACCUCUCCCCGUCUGCCACGUCUGUAACUGACCUGUGGAUCCACCUAUCCCCAUCUGCCACAUCUGUAACUGACCUGUGGAUCCACCUCUCCCAGUCUGCCACAUCUGUAACUGACCUGUGGAUCCACCUCUCCCAGUCUGCCAUGUCUGUAACUGACCUGUGGAUCCACCUCUCCCAGUCUGCCACGUCUGUAACUGACCUGUGGAUCCACCUCUCCCAGUCUGCCACAUCUGUAACUGACCUGUGGAUCCACCUCUCCCAGUCUGCCACGUCUGUAACUGACCUGUGGAUCCACCUCUCCCAGUCUGCCACGUCUGUAACUGACCUGUGGAUCCACCUAUCCCCAUCUGCCACAUCUGUAACUGACCUGUGGAUCCACCUCUCCCAGUCUGCCACAUCUGUAACUGACCUGUGGAUCCACCUCUCCCCGUCUGCCACGUCUGUAACUGACCUGUGGACCUGUGGAUUUAACACGGCACAGGCAAUACUUAUCUCACAAAUCCCAGGAUUUCGUGGAAAUAAUGAAAAUGUCACUUACUACGUUCAUGUACCACUUGAGUGGCGAUGUUUCGGGAAACUUGUAAAAUGAGUGAAUGCCUUGAAGAGAUACUUCUCUUCAUUUCUUAUCACUACAAUAUACUAUACAUGUCUCAUGUUGCUGACUGCACAUGCAAUAAAACCUGAAUCUCCA